AAAAUCGAGAUUUGAAAAAAUUGCCUAUUAUUCUGUUCCAUGCCGCUAAUUGCAACUUAAAAUCGUUUUAGUUUAAAUGAAAAACCUGGUAUCGAUAAAGAUAAGAGCGUUGAUGGCGAGUGGGAUGCUUAUAAAAUAUUUGUCUCUGCGCUGCCUCUAAGCGUAGUAUAUUGUUAAGCUCGUUUUGGCAGGAAAAAGUGUGAAACUUUCUUGAAAUGGCAGAAUUAGCCGCUAAACUUGCACAUAGAAAUGCUGUAAAUGACGGACAAGCCCAAGCAAAGUUUAUUAAUGCUCCAAAAAAUAUCUACACUGAGUUUCCUGAGUUCACCCGUAAGCAAAUUAAAGAAUAUGAAAAAAUAUUCAAAAAGUAUGAUGCUGAUAACAGUAAUUAUAUAGACCAACAUGAGUUGCAAAUCAUGAUGGAAAAACUGAAUGCGCCACAAACUUAUUUAGGUUUGAAAGCCAUGAUAAAGGAAGUUGAUGAAGACCAGGAUGGGCAAAUUAGUUUUCGUGAGUUUAUACUGAUUUUUCGCAAAGCUGCAUUGGGUGAAUUAGAAGCAAGUUCUGGAUUAGGUCAACUUGCUCAUUUAACAGAAAUCAAUGUUGAUGAAACUGGAGUUGCUGGAGCAAAAGAUUUUUUUGAAGCGAAAGUAAAGCAAGCAAAUUCUACAAAUCGUUUUGAAGAUGAAAUUCGCCAGGAACAAGAAGAAAGAAGAAAACAAGCGGAAGAAGCAAGUGCCAGAAAAAAAGCAUUCAAAGCAAAAGCUCAGUCUUUUGAACAACUAUGAGCAGUUUUUAAAAUAUUUGUUAAUUGUAUUUUUAUUAAAUUUAUGUAAAUUUACUAUUUAA